AUGGCGAUGGGGGCCGGGGGAGCGGGGCCACUCACGGCUGCACCGGCUUGCGCGCGUAUCGCGAUAUCAUCCUCAGCGCCGCCGCCCCGCCGCCAUCGCGCCGCUCCUCCCGCGGGGGCGGAGCGCGGCCGCGCCGCGAUGGAGCCGAUCGGCCGGGCUGCUGUGAUGGAGCCGCUCGGCCGGGCUGCUGUGAUGGAGCCGCUCGGCCGGGCUGCUGCGGUGGGGCCGCUGGGCCGGCCCGCGCUGCCCGAGGACGCGGUGCGGUACCGCCUGUUCGCGCCGGGCCCCGGCGGGCAGGAGCUGCUGCGGCGCUGCGCUGAGGCGGCCCUGGUGCGGCUCGCCCCGCUCCUGGCCGCCUACGUGUGGCACCGGCAGCCGUUCCGCCUGCGCUACGAGCCGGCCAGGGGCGAGAUCCCGGAGCACAUCGGCGGCACCACCCUGUUUGGGGACAACGUGGAGGACGAGUGGUUCAUCGUCUACCUGGUCCGGGAGAUCACCAGGGACUUCCCGGGGCUGGCAGCCAGGAUCGAUGACAACGAUGGAGAGUUUCUUCUGAUAGAAGCAGCUGAUUUUCUCCCAAAGUGGCUGAAUCCUGAGAAUAGCGAAAACAGGGUGUUCUUUUACAAAGGAGAGCUGCACAUCAUUCCUCUGUCAGAGCCUGGGGAGCAGGAAUGGGACCUGUCUGCUCCCUGUCCAACAGUCUCAGAGGCACUGGCACUGUUAUCCACCCGUGCUGAGGAGUUCCUGGCUGCAGAGCCCAUCAGAGCUGCCGUGUACAAACGCAUUGAGGGGUAUCCCGAGAAGCUGCAGGCCUGCUUGCACCGAGCCCGGUGUUACGUGCCGGCGGGCAUCGCGGCGGUGCUGCGGCAGCGCCCCUCCCUGGUGGCCGCCGCAGUCCAGGCCUUCUACCUGCGGGACCCGGCGGAUCUACGGGCCUGCCGUCGCCCUUUCCAGACCUUCCCUGCGGACCAGCGCGUGAUGACCGUGGUUACCUUCACACGGUGUCUGUAUGCACAGCUGGCGCAGCAGAAGUUUGUUCCAGACAGACGCAGUGGAUACACACUGCCCGCCCCAGCUCACCCUCAGCACAGAGCCCAUGAGCUGGGCAUGAAGCUGGCUCAUGGCUUUGAAAUUUUGUGCUCCAAGAGCAGCAAAGUAUCUCCUGAUUCCAAGAGAAAUGUGCUCAGUGGUCCCCUGUGGGAGAGAUUCCUCAGGAGCCUGAAGGACAAGGAUUAUUUCAAGGGAGAAAUGGAAGGGUCUGCCAAGUACUCAGAACUCCUGCAUAUGGCAGAGGAUUAUUUCCAGCAAUCUGUUACCACUCCAGAAAGCUCUGUUGAAGUGAGCCCAGGGGAUGAAAUCUUGGCCUUGCUACAGACAACACCCAUUGAUUUGAAGGAAUUUGAGAGAGAAGCAGCUUGUCUUCCUCCAGAGGAUGAUGACAGUUGGCUGGAUAUUACACCAGAUGCUCUGGAUCAGAUGCUGAAGGAGGCAGGAAAUGAGUCCCUUCCUUCCGCAAACGAGGAAGAGCAGAAAUACGCCUUGGAAGCAGUUGCUGAGAGCAUGAAGGCCUUUGUGUCCAAAGUCUCCACACACGAAGGAGCAGAAAUGCCAUGGUCAUCUGACGAAUCCCACGUUACCUUUGACGUAGAUUCUUUUACAAAAGCCUUAGACAGAAUUUUAGGGGCAGACUCAGAGGAGCUGGAUUCUGAUGAUCUGGAUGAAGAGGAGGAGUUUGGUUUCUCGGACGAGGAUGAUGAAGACUCAGGUGCUGGAAAUGAAGGGCAAGACCAGAAGGUAUCACCUGAUGAGCUCAUAGGCAGCCUCAAGUCAUACAUGGAUCAGAUGGACCGUGAGCUGGCACAGACCAAUGUUGGGAAAAGUUUCACCACCCAAAAGAAAGGGGCAAGUUCUGUUAAAGCAGCUCCAUCUGAGAGUGCUGGCCCUGGCUGUGGAGCUGAAGACCCAGAUUUGGCACCAGUUGAUGUGGAUAUGAACCUGGUAGCCAACCUGCUGGAAUCCUACAGUGCUCAGGCUGGCCUGGCAGGACCCACCUCCAACAUUUUACAGAGCAUGGGAGUGUAUUUACCUGAAAACACAGAUCGCUGUGCCUCGAGCAGUUGAGCAGCACGGUGAGAGACUGUAUUAACUGAGAAGACAUGGCUGGUGGAGAAAUGAAGCACAGACAGACCAGCAGGAUGUGGAAGAAGACACAAGAGCUUUCCAGUGCUAACACAGAAAACUGAGAAAUGAUGUUGGGACCUGAAUGAGACUUUUAUUACAAAACCUGUCUUGGAUUUUUCAAGCCAAUGAUCCGAUCUGCCAUCAUUAUAAAAUGCCCUUUUACCUGUUACAGGGUGGCUUCAGUAUCUGGAAAGCAGUUUGUGUUCUGAAAAUGCUGCUGCCUUCAGGGGCAGCUGGGGAAAUACCGUGUUGCAGGAACAUCUCGUGGACUUGGGAAUGCUGGUUAAAUGUUCAGCAGACAUUUGAUCCUUCCCAAAAGCACAGUGCUUCAUUGUAAGAACUUCUGAUAAUUACUGUAAGAGUCUGGACCUUAUUAACCAGGAGGGUUUGCAGAGUAAUUGGAUCAAAUAUGUAAAUAUUGGCUAGAAGUAUUUUUAGAGUUUAUUUCAGUAAAAGCAGAAAUACAACUCGGUGGCUGGAGAUGUUUUUUUCUUUUCCUUUGAAGGUAUGCAGGACUUCCUCAGUGCAGUAUCAGAACUUCUGGAGUUAAAGCAUUUUCACAAUUGGGCAUUUUCUGAAUUCCAUUAUUGCUGGAUGUUGGCAUCAUGCCAGCAGUAGCUGUGUGUGAGCUGUGUGAGCUGAACAGGCUGAACAGUUUAGGUUUGUUUUGCAGUGAAAAUGUAGCUGGAAGGUGUGUGCAGCGUGUUGCUUUCACAUGGAAUCAGAAAUCUGUUCUAGAUAUGACGACUUUACCUUUAACAAGAUACAUUUGAAUUAAAAUUCUUGAUUUGCAGGCAGUAAGAACACAGUCCUGCCAGGUCUGAA